GUGAAUGUGGACGUGGACGCGGACGCGCACGCGAAUGCGCCUCACCUCACUCAACCCCUGCCGGGCGGCUGAGGAGGGAAAAAGACGCCCACAGGAGCCGCGGGCAGCAGCGGCAGCGAGCGGCGGGAGCGGACGGCCCAGAGGAUGAAGUGCAAGCCGAACCAGACGCGCACCUACGACCCGGAGGGGUUCAAGAAGCGAGCGGCGUGCCUGUGCUUCCGGAGCGAGCGCGAGGACGAGGUGCUGUUAGUGAGUAGCAGUCGGUACCCGGACCGCUGGAUUGUGCCGGGCGGGGGCAUGGAGCCCGAGGAGGAGCCGGGCGGUGCAGCAGUCCGAGAGGUGUACGAAGAGGCGGGAGUGAAGGGGAAGUUAGGCCGGCUCCUGGGCAUUUUCGAGCAGAACCAAGACCGCAAGCACAGAACGUACGUGUACGUACUGACUGUCACUGAGAUUCUGGAGGAUUGGGAAGAUUCGGUUAGCAUUGGGAGGAAGCGAGAGUGGUUCAAAAUCGAAGAUGCGAUCAAGGUUCUCCAGUGCCACAAGCCCGUGCAUGCCGAAUAUCUGGAAAAACUAAAGCUGGGCGGUUCCCCAACCAAUGGAAACUCCGUGGCCGCGUCCCUGCCACAGAGCGAUCCCUAGUAUGUACGGCUCCUGCACAGACUUCUGCUUUCCGCCUAUCUUAGAAUACAUAGUGCCCGGAGCACCUCUCAUUCCUUUGCGGUCUCACGGGGAGGAGGGGGGCUUCUUUUGUUUCCUUGGCAGACCUCUGAAUCACGCUUGCAAACUGUCUCGGUUGCCAGACACUGUUUUCAGACAAUUUGCACGUUUUUCAGAUGCUUUCAAAAUUGCUGCUUGGUAGCACUGUAACAGAUUUCCUAAAUCCUAAACCACAUGUUUUUUUUUUUUGUUUUUUUUUUUUUUUUAAGGUGCCUUAACUGCUUGCCCAGCCCUUUGUGUGUGUGUGUUGAUGCUGUAGUUUAUUACAUUGCACACACGUGUGUGUGUGCGCGUGCGUGUUUUUGGUACCAAUCUUGUGGUUUGUUUUGGAGUGAAGGCCUUUAAAAUCUGAACAUCUUGGUUGUGUGGCAUCUGUAUUUUUUGCUUUCUCAUUCGCACCAUUAGACCUUGCUAGCAAGCCCUUUUGUGAUGGAAAUUGGUUUAAAGAUCAGAUAGAUAUAGAUCUAUAUAUAUAUUUAAAGUAUUUAAGAAAUUUUACAUCUUGUGGUCUUUCCACAGUGGGCAACAAUUUUCGGUUCAGUAAUGUGAUCUAAUUUGCCCUUUUCAGAAGUUUCUUUACCCAUACGUACAUGAUUUCAUUUUCUUUUCCUUUUUUUUUUAUGAUUUCAUUUUCAAAAGAAUUCUGACCACUGGUCAUUUGUUGCUGCAUAUUUGAAAUGGCCAUUUCCCAUAUAGCCCAAAUGUAGUUUCAGAUUAUAUUACUUUAUACACUGGGUAUCUUCUUGGGAAAGUAUUGUUAGCCAAACAUAUCCUGAUAUGUACAUACUGUCAUGAAAACUGUAUUCAUCGAGUGUAAUUUAGCGUGUUCAGCUUCCAACUCCAUUGCCCAUUUCUUAAUACUGUAGAGCAACCAUGGUUUUCUCAAUAUAAACUAGUCUUUGAAAGAAAGUUAUUUCACAUAUUUGAAUUUUGUGACAUUCCAGUUAACCUUCCUGACUACCAGUAACCAUAGGAGUGGAAUUUAUAUGGUGAUUACAUCCCAAUCCAGUGAGGAACCCGUCUUGCUACUCAGCUUUUACAGACUUCAGCUUUUACAGAUUUCUUAAACCAUCCGGACCACUGAACAAUUUCUCUCAAAGAUUUAGGAUAAACAUUUUGUGUCAAAAGACCAACUGUUUUUGGUGCCAAACUAAAAAUUCAUACAUUGCCUUGCUAACUUUGUUGAAACCAGGAAUGCCAUGUAAAAUACUUAAGUCUGUCUUGAAACUUUGUGUUCCAUCCCAACCAUAUUAAAAAGUAGGUAAAAAUAUAGCCAACUACAUGAAGUGGGUAUUGAGGGGUUUAAAGAUUAUCCUAAUUUAUAGGGCAGCUAAGUAUAUAUCAUCUUUAAUCAUUAUUGAUAGUUUGAUAGUUUUUUGUGUGUGUCACUCAGCUGACUUUGGGAGUCAGUUUUAUGCACUCUAUUAAGAAAUUUUGAAAGUCUAGAUUCCUCUUGGAACUCCUUCUCUCAGGAAUGUUGAGGAAGAGCCUAUUUUGUGAAGAGAGUAUAGGUGGGGGACUUUUACAUAUAACCUUUAAGAUCUAGAAAGUAUUCUAUAGACCAGUAAUAAAUAUAAGUGGAUAAUAACUAAUUUAAAUCCUUUGCUAUUCUGCACAUUAACAUUUUCAAAAGAACACAUGCACUGGUGAAUUGUUGCCUUUUUUGUAACUUUGGUGCCACUGUUUUUUAAAAAAUAUCUGCCAUAUACAAAUAUGUCUGAAUGAAAUACAUAUUUUAGUUAACAAAAAAUAAUAUUGUCAAAGGAAUGAGAAAAUCAACUUUUAAAAACCAAUUAUAAUUUCAUAUUGUAAAUUAUACAGAAUCAUCUAAUGUUUUUUAAAAAUUGUUUCUUUGUACAGAGCAAUAUGUCUUAUUUUUUUAAACUUUUAAAUCCUAUACAACCUUUCCUGUUACAAUAAUCCAAAUUGACUCAUAGAUAUUCUUGGUAACCUCAGAUUUUUCAAAAUAUAAACUAACAGCAAGGGAACUGGAUUAUACUUUAUAACUAUUCCAUAUGUAAAACUGCCCUCAUCUGAAAUGCUGCCACAAAUACCUGGGAGGUUUAACCUAUAUAUAGAAUUUUUAGAAAUAAUAAUGCACAAUCUUAUGUUUUGACUUUUGAACUAUGUAUUUGACAAAUCAACUUUUAAGAAUUGUUAGCCUGUAAAUAUUUGCUGUAUUUUCUUCAGAAACAUUUGAAUUGAGUUCUUUCACUUGCUAUAAUUUUCUUCAGUGCCCAGAUAUCUUUAUACAAUUUGUAAAACUUCCAAGGCUUGAAUUUCUAAGUUGCAGCAGAACAUUUUACGGUUAUCACACUUAAGUUAUCAAAUUCACGUGGGCAGUUCUUGUUAUAUAUGCUUUUGGAAUUCAGUCUAGGAAAACUUAAGAAAGAACCCCAAAACAAAAAGCCUUUCAUUUUAAAAGAGAAAUCCAAAAAAUUCAGGCUAAAAUAUUUGACACAGAGCUAACAAACCUAAUCAUGUCUAUGACUUAUAUCCUUUAAGGGUUUGAUGCACAGUUAGAAUUUUCUCCCUGUAGAAUCAGUAUAUAGCACCCAUGAAUUAUUUAUGUGAUGAUUGCACAAAAAAUGAAUAGAUGAAUCUUUCAGCUCAUGCACUUACCCCAAAGAAAAUGGCAUUGAUCAAAGAUAAUUAAGACUUUCAAAUAUGAGGCAGAAAUUUGUUUUCAGCUGUUUUUGUAAAGGCUAUGUUUAUUUUCCUUUUCCCAAUGGGAUAAGUGCCUAUUCUUAUCUUUAAAAAGUUUUAAAAAGAUAUGUUGGAAUAAAGGUGAUACUGUUAUGCUUGAUACAUAUUCCCUGGAUGUCUAAUGUAUUAUAUUUUCUAAGAAAUCUGUUUUGUUUUAGCAAAUCACUGUUGAGCUUAUUAACUCUUAAAGUGAUGGGAGGUGGCUAUAAAUAUUUUGAAUUCCUUUAUAUGGUUUCGUUUGACAGAACUAUAAAGAUUUCAACAUUUUAUAUUAAGAAUCAUCAAAUAAAUUUGUGUGUGUGUGUGUGUGUGUGUGUGUGUGUGUGUUUGUGUAAGAGCAGAACGGGCAGUUUGUAAUGUUGCAGCAACAUUCAAGGACCUUCCUGGGACAGACAGUUUAAAGGGCUCUGAAACUGGAGCUCCUCCUCUCACUUCCGGUUAAAUGGAGUCCUGUUAUAAGAAAGACAAUCCCUUUAUCAAAAGUUGUUAACUGGGAAAAGGGAGGUGAGAAAUCUGUGUUAGAGCCUAAGUACUAACAGCUAGCUAGAGUUUUCUCUUUCAGGGUUCCUUUUGUGGAAGCAGCAAGAAAAACAGGAAAUAUUUUCAGCACCAUUCUAGUAUUGUAAUCAUCCUUCUGAAUGAUUGGUGGCCUGUUAGACUAUGAACUUUUGGGGGGAGCAGGACCCAGCCUGAAUCCUGCCCAUAUUCCCAGAACCUAGAAGAGUGACUAAAAUGUGGAGAUAUUUGUUGUUGAGCUACAGAUUAGAAAUGUCUACUACUAGUAUAUUCUUGAUUUCUUAGCUUCAUAUUUUACCUGGGACAAUCUGUUAUUUUCAUGGGGCUUCAGAGUGGAACUGUAUUGGAUGAUUCACUGAAGGCUGUUCCAAAACAAAGUAGUUAAUGAACAUUAGUAGACUUUCAAUAGAUAUUUGUUGCCUGGAGGAAUUGAUGAACCAAUAAAACUGUUAAUAUUUUUUUUAGGUGAAUGGCAUAGAUGUUAUUCAGAUUUACUUUGAAAGAAUCAAGUAUGUGAACCCAAUGAUGAAUGGAAUUAUGAAGCACAGGUGAACUCUUUCACAUUCCUAAGGACAAGCUCAUUCUAUGCUUUUGGACACUUCUCUGUUACAAUGAUUAUUCUCCAGGUUGUUAACUACCACUGUAUCUGUACAGACUUCUAAUUUGGCACAUAUGGCCGUUCUUUUGUGUUUUUAUGAUUAUGCAUCUGUAUUUCUCAUGAGGAUGGCUAUAUGAUCUUGAGUUCAAGGACCUAGUUUCCUUAAUCUUUUUAUGUAUCUACAAGAUGUCACUUAAAAUAAGGUCGAUGUAGGGCACUUGGGUGGCUCAGUGGUUGAGCAUCUGUCUUUGGCUCAGGGCGCGAUCCCAGGGUACUGGGAUCAAGUCCUACAUCAGACUCCUUGCAGGGAGCCUGCUUCUCCCUCUGCCUAUGUCUCUGCCUCUUUCUCUGUCUCUCUCUCAUGAAUAAAUAAAUAAAAUCUUAAAAAAAUAAGGUAGACGUUACUGAAGAUUUGUCUAAAUAAUUAAUACUUUGUAAUGACACUGAGUGGUAAAGCAUUCACCAUCCAAUCUGGUGUUAGUACACUAAAUUACUGUCUAGCAUAUAUGUGUUUUCAUAUAUCAGGUAUCACACACUGUUUUAAGGCAAACAUAAGAUAUUAGCAAAAAUUCUUACUCAUACGUCUCUAUCAUCCCAGAUGUGUGCCUCCUGAUGGCAGUAUCCUACACCACCUAUGAAGUAUAUUUCCCACAAUUUUGAACCUAAAUCAGUGUCUCUAGACAUUGUUAAUCUAUAGAAAACACCAUCUAUCAAGAAACAUUACACCACAGAGUUGUCAACAGAAUCCAGACUGUAGGAAACUGUAGGACACAUAAUUCAGUUUCUUCAGUAAAUGAAUCGCCAGGAUAAAAGAAAGAAAUGGAGAAUGAACCUAUAGAUUAAAGAGCCCUAAGAGACACAUCAACCAAUUAUGAUAUAUAGAUCUUUUGGGGAUCCUGAUCUGACUAAACUGUAAAAUACAUACAUUUACGAGACAAUCCAGAUAAUUAUAAAAUUGACUUGAUAUUUGAUAUUCAUUGGGAUAAUGGUAUUGUAGUCAUGUUGAAAACAAGAGUCCUUAACUUUUAGAGAUACGUUCUUAAAUAUUUAUGGUCGAAAUGAUAUCUGGAAUUUGCUUGAUAAUAAGCGGAUGUUAAGUGCAUUAGAGAUACCAAUAAAACAAGGUUGGCCUUGAGUUGAUAAUUGUUAAAGCUGGGUGAUGAUUAGAUGAUGGUUCAUUAUCUAUAUUCCUCUCUACUUUUGUGUGUUUGACAUUUUCCACAGUAAAAAAUUAAUAAAGGUAGUUAUCAGAGUUCUUAUUAAAGCUAAUAUAUAAGGCACAGAAAAAAGAGGAGGAAGAAAAAUUUUAGAUUAUUUAGAAUAUGUUGGCUCCAAGUUGCUUCUUCUAGCCCAAGAGGUCAAAUGCCCAAAAAGAGAGGGCUGACAAACUGGAAUGGCUAGUGUUUCUCUUGCUACAGGCCAGUGUUAGCAUUUUUUUCUCUUAAUUUGGCUCAUUGAAACAGGAAGAGUCAAAUUCUUAUUGAUUGGAAAAUGGGAAUGUAUUCUCAUGUUCUGUUAAACAGGAUAUUUGCCACAGUCUAGUUUAUAUCAAUGUGAAAGCACAAAGGGAUAGAGUUUCCAGGGGAAAAAUUAUGGAAUUUUAUAAAAAUCAAUAAAAUGCUACUUUGAAUAGUUUUUUUAGGAAAUCAAUGGCUGUAGACUUAUUAGUUGCAUAUUCAUUAACCUUAAAGUUACAUAUAAGGUAGGUGAAACAGGAAAGUAAAUAGUUAACAUUCCUGACUGCAAAUAUUCCUUCUGUUUGGGACUGUACUUAAAAUUCUGUAGAGGCUAAAGCCUUCUAAGGUGGAAUUAGUGAAGCUGUGCUGAAAUCAACAGAUGUGAGGUCUGUCCCAACUUUUGUGAGUAAAGAAGGAGCAGGCAGAAAGAACAACAUUGGAGGCCCCUUCCAGGAAAGAUGAACACCUUUUAAGUGUGAAGUACUAUGAAGCUAAAGCUACCCAUUCCACUCUUGCUCUCCAAGUGUGUUUCAAUUACAAGAGCAAGUGGUUCUGCAGAAACUGGUUUCUUGGAAAAGGUGAGAUUAAAAGGUUUAUCUUAGAGUGCCCCUUACUAGCCCCAGCUGGGCAGAGCUUUCCUUUCCAAGGCUCCCCUGUUAGAAGGAACGGAAAAAUUCCACAGAAGUUCUCAUAAGUCUUCCUGGAAGUUGUUUCCUAACUUGAGUUUGCUCUAAUUUUAGCAGGUUUUAAAAAUUUCAUGAAAAAGGGGAAUGGAACCAUAGAUAGUGGUUAUAAAUUAAAACAAAUAGUGGUUUGGAGUCCCAACAGGUCAUGGCCUAAAACUGGUUGUGGCCUCCACCAAGUUACUUUACCUCUCUAAUCUUCAAUUUUUUCUUCUGUAAAAUGGGGAUAAUCAUAGCCUCUAUAUUUAUAAAUAGCACUGCUUCUGAAAAGCCCUUUUUGGUCUCUUGGGGUAGAGUAUAAUCUUACAUUCCCAGGUACCCUACUGCUUAGUUAUUUCAUAGUUCUUACCAAAAUUAUAUUUUUAUUUAUUAUAUUAGCCUGAAUGUUUCUAUCUUCUGAACUCUGAAGUUCUGUGGCUCUGGGACUGAGACUAGAUUGUCUCUGUGUCUCCAGAGUCUGGCACAGGGCCUGGAACAUGAUGCCCCACAGGUGCUCAUAACAUGUUUAUUAUAUAAAUGAUUGUCAUACUCCCACUUGUCAAAAAUAUAUUACUGUUAUUUUGCCAGGUAUUUGUUGCUGGAAU